AUGCGCCUCUACGACAAGUUGUCCCAUAAGCUGGCGGUACGUGCACUCUUCCGGUCGCUCCUCAGGCGUGUCAAGGGCGCAAAUAUCACCAUUUCUGCCACCAAUCCGGACCAUGCCAAAUACUCCCUCGAUCCUCAACUCUACAUAUCAUACCUCAAAUCCGAGUGGAAGUACAACUUGAGAAUGGAGUUCAGCUCAAUGCACAAAACUGAGAAGUCUUUUGCCAAAUCAUUCUUGCGAGGGGUCGAAAUUGACCAAAGAAUAGCCACAAGUGAGUCCAGAGGCGAUGCCUUGGUGGAAGUCAUGUUGGAAUACAGAAAGACAAAGUUCCAGGAACAGAAAUGGCGUGCAAACUACUUGGAACGCAAACAGGAUAUACAGAAACAGGACGACAAGGCUGCCAAAGAGCUUCAGUUGCGAAAACAGGAGUCCAAGCUCAAGAAACCGAUAGACCCAAAACAGAUCUUCCACCGGCUUGAGGCUCCCCAGAAGCAUAGGGUGGUACUCUCCGAGCUCAAGGCAUCAAAAGAAUUCUCGGAACAUCUCUUGCGCAGGUACUUGAAGUUGAAACAGCAGAGUCUCCAGCUCCCCAAUCCCGCGAUGUUACCCAACACCCCAGACAUCAAGGAGAUUCCCGAAUACAAGAGCAAGUACGCCCUUCCUGGGUCUACCAGGCACGACUUGAUCAAAGCUGGCUACGAUACUGAGUAUAUCGACGCCAUAGUGAAGCCAUCGCUCGAGUACGACAUCAAUAAGUACCACUAUCUCAACAAUCUACAACAUAUCGUCAACAACAAGGGUCCUUAUCCCGUCAAAAUAGCCACCACAUCCGCAGGACCCAUUCCCAUGCCGUAUAUCAAGGUUCCAUUUGCGAGACCCCAGCAAAUGAAGCAAAUUGCUCUAGACACCAAGAAGCUGUGGACGGUGAUCAGAAUACGAAAUGUGUGGGUCUCCGAACCAGGAACCAUCAAGGACGAGAAGAUGUUCAGCGAUGGCCGCUACAGCAUCCCAGGAAGUCGAGGUUUUGGCCCAGAACAGUUCAUGUACCCUAGAAGCUACUACCAGAAACUCGCUGAGAGUGAAGCGUUGUGGGAGUACGUUCUUGAUCGUGAAACAGGAGGCUCCAGGUCAUUUUCGUCGUAUGUCUCAGACUGGACUGAGCAUCUCGAUAUCAACACUAAAGUGCUCGAGGCCAAGGUGGAUGCGUACUUUUCGAAGUAUAGCCAAUUGCGUACCAGAAACUCAUCGCUCCAAAAGGAACGUGAUGCCCUCCAGCUCCAGAUGAACGAGCAUUACGACCAGUUAGUUGCCACUUAUGAUUCGUUGAUCAAUGAAUUAAAUACACAGGGAAUAUUCAAGCACUCAGAAAUAGUCAAUCCAGCUAAGGUCACUCAGACAUACCCCCAAAUCCUAGACACCACGCCUCAUGCCAGAGUGUCUGAAGGAAUCCCCGAAUUGGAGCGAAUUGGCAUGGGCAAGAAGUUGGGCGAUUAUCUUCGGGAAGCAGGUGUGAAGAGCUUCAGUUGGGGGGAGAAGUUCUACAAGAGGUUCAAGUUCGAUAUCAAAAAGACAUGA